UGAAUGCAUACACCUCACCCACUGCAGGGUAACAAAAACAUGUGCCAACCGGCAUCAAACAUCAACAUCACCUCAGCUACAACACGCCUACAAUCAAAUCAAUUGAGCAUUCAGUCUGGGUUCUCGCACUUAUACAAACCCCCAACCAACACAAACAUCCCCGUCAAUUUCAUCUCAUCUCAUCUCAUCUCCUCCACAAUCCAUCCAAUCCAUCCCAACGCCCAUCCCAUCUAAACGAGCCCGCCAAGUUCCAACACACACACAACCCCUGCCUCAUACACUCGCCUAAAAAAGCAAAUCCAAACCUUGAACCCCCAAACAAACACCACAGCAUCUUUCUCAGUCAAAAAGAAGAAAAGAAACUGCAAAUCUCGCCUAACCCCGCGCCCGCAACCCGCCACAUAAUACUACAUGCAAGGGCAAAACCCAAAAGCCAAAAAAAGAAAAGAAAACCUCCCUUGCAGCACCACACACAUCCCCAUCCUCAACUGUCUUACAUUCGUAACCACAUACAUCCCCCAUCCCGAGCGGUUCCGAAACGAAAAAAAAAAAAAAAA